CAGGGUUGGCAGCGCAACAGCUGACAGAGAGCGCAGUGGAAAACGCAACAAGGCCGACCCCGCGAUAGCCCCCAUCCAGGAACCAACAGCAGGAAACGCGAGAUUCCCCCAAAAUGCAAUCGACGUGGCAGAGAGAGCAGAUAAAUUUAAUACUUCCACUUGCCCUGAUUUGUUGUUGUCUGCUCAUUGACACGGCCACGGCACAAGAGGCACAACAGCCAUGGUACGAAAACCUGCCCGCUGUGGCCAUGGAUUACAAGGUCCACAUCGAUGCUGGCAAAGAGGAUUGCUAUCACCAGUAUGUGCAGGCGGGAGCCACCUUUUACGUGUCGUUUAGCGUGGUCCGCGGAGGAGAUGGCAUGGCUGGCUUUGCGGUCCGCAAUCCUGCCAACGAGGUGGUGAAGCCCUAUCAGUGGCAGGCUACCGCGGAUUAUACCGACCAGGUCUCACCCGGUGGCUACUAUUCCGUGUGCAUUGACAAUCAGUUCUCCCGCUUCGCGGGCAAGCUGGUCAACAUCUAUAUCACCGUGGUGAAGUACGAUGCCUGGGACAAGUACGCCAAGGAGAUUGAACAGCUGCAGCUGAAUAUGCAAAACUUUACUGCCACCAUUGGCACCGUGGAGCGUAAUAUCAACGAUAUGAUGGGAUAUCAGGCGCAUAGCCGGCACCGCGAGUCGCGCGAUUAUGCUUUGCUGUUGGACAACAAUGCCUACAUCCAAACCUUCUCGAUUAGCCAAAUUGUGGUCAUAUUGAUCACAUGCUCAAUACAGGUCUUCUUUGUGCGCAAACUGUUUGAAGUCAAGGCGAACUCCAAGAGCCGCAUUUAGACUUCGCUCAUCUGCCUUUUUUAAUGCUCCAAUUCUACAUUUCCAAGACAGGACACCCUUUCGCUCGUUCGUUUUUGUAAUUACUUCUAUCACUGGCUGCAGAGAUCAAGUGUAACUAAGCAAGACUUUCUACGUAUUUCCGACUUAGAGACAGACAAAACUUAAUGUGAUAAGUGUACGAUUGUGUGUUUUGUUCAAUUAAAAUAUUGAAUCAUUUUGUA